AUGGCCACGGCUCUUGAGAAGAUAAGCAACCAUCUUGAGUGUGACAUUUGCAAAGAAAAAUAUAAACGGCCCAAGGUGCUGGACUGCCAGCACAGUUUUUGCGAGAAAUGUCUGGAGCAAUACUACAAAACUACGUAUGGAGGUCAACGAAAGAUUCCUUGCCCGGUAUGUCGACGGGAGAUGGUACUUCCGGAGACACGCAUUCAAGGCCUGAAAACAAACUUCCAUUUGAUGGGAAUAGUCGAGGAGGUCUCAUUCCAAGAAAAUGAGCUUUGUUCAGUGGUCAAAACACCAGAAGAAGCAGCUACUUUGGAGGACAUUCGUCAGGGGAAGGUAACAGGGAAGCAAACACCAGAAGAAGAUGAGUCUAAAUGCCAGAAACACAUGGGGGAAGUAAAAUGGUUUUAUUGUGAGACCUGUGAAGAACUAAUCUGCCGAGCUUGUACUGUAGUAGACCACUGCAAACCAAACCAUCACUACAUUGACUCUAAAAAGGCUUCCCACAAAUACAAAAUAUCACUGAAAGCUUUGUUUGCAGAUGUCAGCACUGACAUCACAACACUUGAACAGGAUUUUGCCACUGCAUCACAAGCUCAGCAGAAAUUUACACUGAACGUCACAAAGACGGUGAAAGCUGUGAAAGACAAGGCGGAUAAAAUGAGGGCUGAGAUAACAUCUCAAGAGACAAAGAUGAUUAACAAAAUCAAACAGCUCCAGCAGGAUCGCAACAGAACAUAUCAUGAGCAUCAGAACACACUGUCAAUGAUGCUACAAAGUAAAAAACGCUCGCUACAGACAUCUCAGGAUAUCACUAACGCUGCAUCUGACAAUGACUUUUUGUCGCAAUUCCCUAUCAUCAGCAAAAACUUGAAAUCACUCAAGAGUCAAAAUCCUCCCCAGAUUGAUCCCAAGCAUUCAUAUCUGAGCUUCACCCCCGGUCAGAGAAUUGGUGACAUCAAUCUGGGUGAAAUUAAGGAAGAAGCAGUUAAGUGGGAAAUGUGUCGCGAGUUUGUUAAAACGGGUACAUUUACGAGAAAGUUGGAUGUGGUUCACGGUAUCACUGCUACUCAGCCUGGUGAGAUUGCCGUGGGAGACUUUCUGCACAAGCGAGUGGUUCUCUGCAGCAAUGAGGGUGAACGUAAGGGACUCAUUCCCCUAACAUCACGACCACAGGCAGUUGCAGCCACGCACAAUCCUGAGAAACGCUUGAUUGUGUUGGAACUUGAUAGCAAGUAUGUCAAGGUGUUCAACAUGAAGGACAACACUCUUGUUAUGCAGUUCCCAACGGUGUCUAACCAUCAAGUAGACAAGACACUUGUGGACCUACAGAGCACAGCAGUCAGGACAAAUGGAACCAUUUUAGUAGGCGACACAAGAAGGAUGGUGUGGACUGAACACAAACCCACUAAUGGUGAGAUCCUACACACCAUACCAGUACAGACUCCACCUUGGUUCCUGGCUAUUGAUGACGACACUGACAGAGUUUUCAUCAGUGGACGUGAAACAAAUCAGGUAGAUGUUGCCAAUAGCAAAGGGACUACGCUCUUCACCAUCCAGCCAACCAUUGAUGGUCAACCAGUGUUGCGCACCCAGGGUGUAUGCUGCGACAGGUCAGGUAUCUACCUUGGAGUGACGCAAUCUCGGUUUGGCACUAAUCAUAUUCACCAUUACGACCUAGAUGGCAGGUUUCUUGAUUGCCUGGCACAGGAUCUGUAUCUCCCACAGGCAAUGACAUUCACAUCGGAUGGGCAGCUGGCAGUGGAUGACUGGCAUUCAGUCAAAAUGUAUCGCAAGGUGUGAUGCCAUCCAACAUAACACUGACAACAAUGCAUGUACAGACAUGUAGCAGUUAUCAUCCCUACAGCAAAUGUUGAGGAUGAAAUUGUCCAUUCAUUUCAGCACCAAUCAGCAUUUUAAAGAAUUAAAUUCUAUACCUUUGUUUGUAUAGUUUCAAGUUAGAUUCAAAACUUUGCAUGGUAGCCAUUUCAGCUAACUGAAAAUGGUGAAAAAAUUCUCAUUGCAGUUUCGGAUUCAACAAAAAAGUAUUAAUUUGUUUGCAAUAAAUAAUCUAAUUGUAAAAUUUAAAUGUUCAAGUAGAGUUUUAAUUGUUUAACAGUUCUCCACUUUACCGGUGUGUUAUGGUCACAAGACCUUGUAAAUUCCCUUUAUGUAUUGUUCCUAAAAGUACAUGUACAUCUACUCAUUCUAUACUGUGCUAUCUGUACAUUACAUUUGUUUCAUAAAACAUCAUUCUGUUUUACUGUUAACUUCACUUUUUAAAGCCACGUAGGAUCAUUUGCAAUUACCCAGAUAAGUACCUACCGAU